CAAAGAAAGGACGGACUCCAACAACAAGAUAUACUCUCACCCAUUGGGCUUUCAUUCGUUGGCGAGUGGUCGCCAUGGAUAACAGACAUCUCAACUUGACCCUCUUCAACGGCCAACACAUCCCUGUCAUAGGAUUAGGAACUUGGCAGUGUACGGCAGAUGAAGUCAAGGAAGCUGUCAACGCUGCUCUUGAAACGGGUUACCGGCACAUUGAUACUGCGUACUUGUAUCAAAACGAAGCGGCAAUUGGUCAAGUUAUUCACGAAUGGAUUAACAGCGGGAAGCUUAAGCGUCAAGAGCUAUUCAUAACAACUAAACUGCCAUUUACGGGGAACAAGCCGGAAAAAGUGGAACAUUUUCUCAAACUUUCCCUCGAAAACCUGAAAUUGGAUUACGUCGAUCUCUACCUGAUCCAAUUCCCUAUUGGCUUUUGUGGAGAAGAUGACCGCGAUCUCUUCCCGACAGAUGCAAAUGGAAAAUUGCUCUUGGACUUUGAUUCCAACACCCUCACCCUUUGGAAAGCUAUGGAAUCUCAAGUAGACGCUGGCCGUGCAAAAGCCAUUGGCUUGUCUAAUUUCAACAGCCAUCAAAUCGAAAGGAUUGUGCAAACGUCGCGGAUCAAACCGGCCAAUUUGCAAGUGGAAAUGCACGCAUAUUUCCAGCAAAAGCGAUUGAGAACGUAUUGCAAAAAACACGGCAUCAUCGUUUGCGCGUACGGACCACUCGGAUCCAAAGGCAGAAUUGAUUUCAGUGCUCGAUGCGGAGUGCCGAAGCCUCAAGUCGCAGAUGUGCUGGAUGAUCCAAUGGUGGCGGAAAUUGCCAACGCCCACUCGAAAACAUCCGCCCAAGUGCUACUCAGACACUUGAUACAACUCAAUGUCGUCGUCAUCCCCAAAAGCGUUACACAGUCGAGAAUACGCGAAAAUUACGAUGUUUUCGAUUUCGUUUUAACGGAAAACGAAAUGGAGAAACUCAGCCAGUUGGACAAAAACAAUCGCACUUUUAUUUUUGACGAAUUCGACGGGGUGCCAGAUCAUCCGGAAUACCCUUUCGUCAUUCCGUAUUAAGUUAUCCCUUUCGCUUUCCUGACGAGGAAAACUCAAUUUCGAUGGACAGAGC